AGUCUCAGGUAUUUCCCCGCCGUAUUUCCUAUCAUAUCGUCUGCGUGGUGCAAUUUUAAAAAUUAUCCCUUUACUUUGCUUACUAAGCUUUCCAUUCAAGUGUAUUAGCAAAGUAUUUUGCUUUCGAAGGCUAUUUGAUAAUGGAACAGAAUCAGAAUAAGUCAGAGCCAAUGGAACAAGGAAUGCCAGCAAGCCAAAACGAAAAGUUGAAAGAAGACCAAGUGAAAAACACUGCUGGUGGAUUUGUAUGGCAAGUGGAUGAUACCAAACGAUUUAUUCGCUUCCUAGUCCUUGGAAGUGAACAAGCUACUUACCACAUUGGGGAGAAGAAACUUGGCAAAGAGAAUGCCCAAGCUAUGAUACGCCUUCUCAAAGCUGAGAAAGGUGUUGAAGUUGUUAAUAUAAUAUUGAAAUUUAGUCUUGAAGGCCGGACCACCAAACAAAAUCCGAUUAUGCUUGCCUUAGCAAUGUGUGCACGUUUGGGGGACCUAAAGACGAAGCAGAGAGCCUAUGAGGUGCUUGGUCAAAUUUGUCGCAUCCCAACACAUCUUUUCAUGUUUGUUGCACAAAGUAAAAUUCUCAGCCAACCUGGUGCUGGUUGGGGUAGGGCUGCACGAAAAGCAAUCCAGAAAUGGUAUACUACAAAACAACCCAUGAAAUUGGCAAUGGAUGUCACCAAGUACCAAAAACGGGAAGGCUGGUCACAUACUGAUAUUGCACGGGUUGCCCAUAUGAAGUCAGACAAUCCUGCUAUACAGUGUGUUUUGAAGUAUGCUGUUAGGGGUUUUGAUGAAAUGAUUGCUGCUUUCCCUGAAUCAGAUCAAAACAGUGAAGAAUUGAAGUCAGUGUUGCAUUUCCUGAAAGCUGUUGAGGAGAUGAAAAAGCUGACAUUGGAAAAUGAAGAUAGGGUUGUAGAACUGAUUGAAAAGCUGGAGUUGGUGAGAGAGCAUAUCCCAACUGUAUGCCUUGGAUCCAAGAAGGUAUGGAAUGCUCUUCUUAAGAAAAUGCCAAUGACAGCAAUGAUCCGGAACCUCAACAAGAUGACCGCAGUUGGCUUGCUUGAAGAAAACAAUAGUCAGGUGCAAUCUGUAUGUGCAAAACUACGCAAUGUAGAAUCGCUAAGGAAAGCACGUAUACACCCUUUUAAUGUUUUACUUGCAUUAAAACAAUACCAGUCUGGUCGUGGGGACAAAGGCUCCCUCACUUGGACUCAAAAUGCAGAAGUUAGCAAAGCAAUGGAGGAGGCAUUCUAUUUGUCAUUCAAAAAUGUGGAGCCAACAGGUAAAAGGUAUAUGUUGGCCAUGGAUGUGAGUGGAUCAAUGCAGAGUGGUGGAUGUGUUGGUUCACCCAGUAUUCAGCCACAUAUUGCCUCUGCUGCAAUGGCAAUGGUGACAGCUAGAACAGAAGAAAAUCACAAAUUCGUUGCUUUUAGUGAAAAAAUUGUUCCUAUGAAUAUCAAUAGUUCAAUGAAAUUAGAAGAAGUGCUGAAAGUAGUUAAUUCGAUUCCAAUGGGUGGUACCGACUGUGCUCAACCAAUGAUUUAUGCAACAGAGAAGAAUCUGAAUAUUGAUGUGUUUAUUGUCUACACUGAUUGUGAGACGUGGUGUGGCAAAGUUCAUCCAAGCGAAGCUCUAAAGCAAUAUCGCUUUCAUUCGGGUAUCAAAGAUGCCAAACUGAUUGUGGUUGCUAUGACAUCAAAUGGUUUUACUAUUGCAGACCCAGAUGAUCCAGGAAUGUUUGAUAUGCCGGGCUUUGAUUCCGCUGCACCGCAGGUUAUGAAAGAGUUCAUACUAGGAAAUAUAUAAACCUUAAAGAAGUUGUCUAAAACUAUCAACUCCUCAAAUAAUUAAUAUGCUUCAUUGAUCAAGCUAAAAGCCCCUAUGAGACCUAAAGCGAUAGUGUAGAGGGAUUAAAUUUUAAAAAAAACUUCAGCUAGUGGGAAGGAAGAUUUAGAAGCAUACCAUAUUCUUUACAUAACACAUCUUGAUUUUAACUCAUACCAAACGUAAUACCAUGCUUUCUAUGUAAAUAUUUUGUCAUCAUAUAAAUUCAACAUUUCAAAGUCGUGAAACAGCAGUUAGCACGGCCAGGAUGGGCCAGAUAUAAAUUCCAGACAAAAGCGAAUCUGCUGAACCCAAUCUUUGCUGCCUACAAGAAGUUUGUCCAGCUCUGUCUUGUUUAUUCUCUUGCUGUGACAGUCUACUGAAGACCGCUCGUCUUCUUAGUAGUUGAAGAGGAUGAAGACUUGCAUUUGAUUGUGAAUUGUGUCAUUUGCUUUGGCAGCAAUCGAACUAGACCUCUUAGUAACAAUAUAAUAAGUAUAACAGUGACAAUGCUGUUGGUUAAGGUUAUUAGCAUUUUUAUCGUUAAUGUUAUAAUAUCCGUAAUGUUAUCGCAUCUCAAGAUGUCUUUGAAACAUUUUUUAGUCUAUUGCAGUAAGUACAAUGUCAAUGUACACAGUACAAGUAU